GAUGAAUCAUCCCUCGACAAAUCCCCCGUCGUCGGGCGGCCCGCCCUCAGCGUCUGCCUCCGCCCGAGCCGCCCUGCGCAAUAGCGUCGUGGCAGCCUUCAACGGUCCGUCUCUCCUGCAACCCUUUUCCGAAUCUCGCUUUGCUCGCCUGCCCGCCGUUCCUCUUGCCACCACCGUCGCUACUUGUCGCAAUGUCCGCCUGUUUUGCGUCCUUGCUUCCUGUCUUCCCGUUCAUCUGCUGAUCAUGGCUGGCUCCUUCGCCUGAUCAUUCCUCCGCGUGCGCUGCCUCCCGAGGUCGCAGCCCUCAACAGUCACUCUUCGUCUGCAUUUGGCGCUGCACCGCUUUUGUCUUCUUCUUCACCGUCGUCUUUUCCGCCUUUUUGCUUUUUUGCUUUUUAUUGAUACAUAAUACUAAAUCCGCAGAUCCGCAGAUCCGGCGGAUUCCUCGCAGGCCAUGUUCACCGGCUACAGCACCAAGAAGCGGGUCAAUGAGCGCUAUAAGAUUGUAGGCUUCAUUAGCAGUGGCACCUACGGACGCGUGUACAAGGCCGAAGGCAAGAAUGGCCGCGUGGGAGAGUUUGCUAUCAAGAAGUUCAAGCCGGACAAGGAGGGCGAAUUGCAGUAUUCGGGCAUCUCACAGUCCGCUAUACGAGAGAUGGCCCUCUGCACCGAGCUCUCGCAUCCCAAUGUCGUGCACACGGUGGAGAUCAUCCUCGAGGACAAGUGCAUCUUCAUCGUAUUUGAGUAUGCGGAACACGACCUGCUUCAGAUCAUCCACCACCACAACCAGCCCCAGCGACAAGCCAUACCUGCGCGGACGAUCAAAUCGAUUUUGUACCAGCUUCUGCAGGGCCUCGUCUACCUGCACAGAAACUGGGUCAUGCACCGAGAUCUCAAGCCGGCCAACAUUAUGGUCACCAGCGCUGGAAAGGUGAAGAUUGGCGAUCUAGGCCUAGCCCGACUCUUCUACAAGCCCCUGCAGUCGUUGUUCUCCGGAGACAAGGUCGUCGUUACCAUCUGGUAUCGAGCGCCCGAGCUGCUGCUUGGCAGCCGUCAUUACACGCCCGCGGUCGAUUUGUGGGCUGUGGGGUGCAUCUUUGCCGAGCUGCUUUCGCUUCGGCCCAUCUUCAAGGGAGAAGAAGCAAAGAUGGACAGCAAGAAGACAGUACCUUUCCAGCGGAACCAGAUGCAAAAGAUUGUGGAGAUCAUGGGAAUGCCAAGCAAAGAUCGUUGGCCGCUUCUGUCCGCGAUGCCAGAAUAUCCACAAUUGACGCAGCUGGCGGCGGGGAAUGCGCGGUUGCAUCGGCCUCAAGGAUUGGAAGUCUGGUACCAGAAUUGCCUGAAGAACAACCAAUAUCCUUCUGGCUCAGGACUGGAUACUCCCGGACCGGAAGGUUUCUCAUUGCUCCAGCAGCUUCUGGAAUACGAUCCACAAAAGCGCCUAACGGCCGAGAACGCGCUUCAGCAUCCCUACUUCGCCGUUCACGGGAAGCCGUCGGAUAAUUGCUUCGAGGAUUCCAAGAUAAAAUACCCGCACCGGAGGGUAAGUCAGGAGGACAACGACAUACGAACAUCGAGCUUGCCGGGCACUAAGAGGAGCGGGCUUCCCGAUGAUUCGCUCAUUGGCAGGCCAGCGAAGAGGCUGAAGGAAGGGUAGAAUCCUCAAACCCAGCGGGCUCAUAUGCCCUUGGAGACUCUCGACGACCAUGUCAAGCAGAUCCUGAGGUCGUACGGGGUGGCGUCGUCUCCCCCGCCUCUGCUGCCUCCCGAUCACGGUGGCGAAUGAUUCCCGUUUCCUGGUCGGAUAUUCUAAGAUGUCCAGUCAACUCAUAGCGCGAGUGGCUGCGUCCCGU